AUGGAGGCACAGCAGAAAGAGAUAUGCAAAAGAAUGAAUAACUCCAUGUGGAAUUGUAAAGAGGCUCUGGUUUUGAAAGAUGACGAUGACUCACAUAAAACCCGGAAUUUCGAGGGUUGUCGUUACACUAAAAUCAGUGCUCACUGGGAUUUAUCAUUGAUGAUUUGUCUGCAAUUUAUAAUUCCACUACUAUUUAUGCCUAAACCGUCCAAUCCAGCUGCAGAUAUUCAUCAUACAAUCUAUAUCCUCUUGUUUCUGAUCUGUUUUUUCCUGGAACGAAAACCAUGCGCGAUCUGUGCUAUUAUCUUGUUUAUAUUUAUUAUCCUUCCAUGUUAUAAUUCACUGGAUAAUUUGUGCAUUUUCACUACAUGCAGUAAAGAUCGAAGUUUGGCGUAA